AUGAACUAUUCAUCAUUGAUUAACAAUGAUCAAUUCAGUCGAUCGACUACAAGAUUGAACCUACAGAAUAUAACUCGUACAUUUGUUGAUAUCGAUAAUGUAUCUUUCCUAACAUCUGCGACCUCUUCACAAUCCUCUUCACAAUCCUAUUUAUCAUAUUGUACAACUAAUUCAUCUUCACAACAAUCUUCUUCCUCUUCCUCUUCCUCUUCACAACCAAAUAUACAAACCCCUAAAAAUCAAGUUGGAGCUACUACACAAACCAAACCAGAAAUGCCAAAGUUAGAAUCAAGAGGAGCACCUAUCGCUAUAAAUAGUGAAUGGAUGGAACAUAAAUUGGCGAAACCAUUGAUGAGUAGGAGAACUGGUAAUAUACUAUUCACUGUAACAUGUACAAUAUCAACCUAUCUUUGUUUAAUUAUGGAUUAUGGAGAUGCAGAUACUGAAACUGCUGCAACACCAAUUAAAGAAUUUCAUGAUAGAAUAUUAUCAGAAUGGUUAGGAUAUCCAGUUAGACCAAUUAUUUAUAAAUGGGAAAUGGCAGUAAGAGAUUUAUUUAAUGCCAAAUCAAUUGAAGAUAAAUUAUCACCAGGACAAUUGGAACGAUACAAGAACUCUGGUGAAUUUGAAAAAAGAAAAUCGGAUCCAUUUACAAUGCCAGAGAGAAAGAAAAAGAAAAAGGAAACACCAGAUGAAAAAGUUGAUAGAGAGAUUAGAGAAACCAAAGAAGACAUUAUUGCAAUGGAAAAAAUGUUUAAUGAUUAUAUUAAAACAAAAUGGUUGGAAAAAAAUAUUCCAAAUUAUAAUAGUGAUAGUAAUAAUGAUAAUAAAAAUUAA